CAGUGGGGGUACAUAUAAACAAGUGGUGGCCUUGUGAUCGGCGGCCGCUGCCCUUUCACCCUCGCAGUCUCCGGAGAGAUUUUAGAGAGGCCGGAGCCGGAUCGCCGAGCCGCGGCGGCGACCUGGAGGUAGCGAGCAGACGGCACGGCAGCUAGGGAGUUCUUGCCGGUUGGCACCCUUUAAAAUAGGGAAGAAAUCCUACAUUCCUCUCCUACAUUCAUUGAAGAAUCAAGACUGGCCAUUUGAUCUCGACUCUUGAGAGCUCGGGGUGCUGCGCGCAAUCUCAAAUUGGACGCGGAAUCACAAUGUCAGUGAGCCAUGCCGACGAGCACGAGAUAUCGCUGUGCGACCCCAACUCCGAGGACGACCGGCGCCGGCGGAAGAUCGGAUCGCUGCGGCGGAAGGCCAUCCACGCGCUCCGGAAGAAGCGGGGCAGGCGGCGCGUCACCGACUUCCGCUUCCCCGCCGCCAUCUCCAUCGAGGACGUCCGCGACGCCGAGGAGGAGCGCGCCGUCGCCGCGUUCCGCGACCGCCUAGCCGCGCACGGCCUCCUCCCCUACAAGCACGAUGACUACCACAUGAUGCUGAGUAAGUUCGUCUUUGUUUGUUGUCAUGAUCAAUGCAGGUUUCUGAAGGCCAGGAAGUUCGAUUCCGAGAAGGCAACGCAAAUGUGGGCAGAGAUGCUGAGAUGGAGGAAAGAAUUUGGAGCUGACACAAUCUUGGAGGACUUUGAAUUCAACGAGCUCGAUGACGUUCUCCGGUACUACCCUCAGGGCUACCACGGCGUCGAUCGGGAAGGCCGGCCAGUGUACAUCGAGAGGCUCGGCAAGGUUGAUCCUAACAAGCUCAUGCAGAUCACCUCGGUGGACCGGUACAUCAAGUACCAUGUGCAGGAGUUCGAGAGGGCAUUCAGGGAGAAGUUCCCUGCCUGCACAUUAGCAGCCAAGAGACACAUUGAUUCCACUACUACCAUAUUGGAUGUCCAUGGUGUGGGGUUUAAGAAUUUCUCAAAAACUGCAAGGGAGCUUGUUCAACGAAUGCAGAGAAUAGACAGUGACUACUAUCCUGAGACACUACAUCAGAUGUAUGUUGUGAAUGCUGGCAGUGGAUUCAAGCUGAUCUGGAAUAGUGUUAAAGGAUUUCUUGACCCAAAAACUUCUUCCAAGAUUCAUGUUCUUGGUUCAAACUACCAGAGCAGGCUAAUUGAAGUUAUUGACUCAAGUGAAUUGCCAGAGUUUCUUGGUGGUUCAUGCACAUGUAGUGACAAGGGUGGUUGCCUUGGAUCUAACAAAGGGCCAUGGAAUGAUCCUGCCAUUUUGAAGCUGAUACACAGUAUGGAAGGCGGUGGUAGUAUGAGAGAAACCAAGCAAAUUUCUGAUGGGUACGAAAGAAGUGGCUCUUCCCUAAGGGCAGAAAACCUGAAGGGCAUGCUCAGUGACGUAUCAAAUGCUGAAUCUGAGUCAGAUGUUGAUGAUAUUGGUUUAUCAGUUUCUCAGAAGAUUACCGACCACAGUUUGCUUACCCCAGUUCGCGAAGAAGUUAAGGGAUCAGAUUCUUCAGCCUCUUGUAGUUCUGAUGGUAAGCAUCUCCUAGAUAUGAAUCCUGGCUCUCCUCAGGGCACCCAGCAAGUGGAGAGGGUGUCAAUUCAAUCGAUCUGUCAGAAACAUUUUUCCACCUUUGGAUGGCUACAUUGCUUAGGGAACAUUGCUCUUAUUCUUCAUGGUACAUCUGCUGUAAGGACUUUGGAAGAUCUUGCUAGAGGACUGGCCACAGUCUUGAUCAGGAUAUCAUCCUUCUUCCACUUUUUCGUCUGUAGACAAGAAAGGAUGCUAGAAAAUGUCCAUUCUUGUGCUGACGCAGAGCAAGCAAAGCCUCAACCUGUAAGAGAAGAGGACAUGAGUGCUUCUUUACAACGCCUUGAAAAGCUCGAGUCCCUGUGCAAUCAUCUAAUGAGCAAACCUCCAGAUAUGCCAAAGGAUAAAGAACUUGUACUGUUUCAGGCUUUCGAUCGGAUAAAAUCCCUUGAAGCUGAUCUGGAGAGGACUAAAACAGCGUUGGAGGCUGCCGUGGCAAAGCAAAUGGAAUUGGAGGACAGUGUGGAAGCUCUGCAGCACCGGUCGGCUAGUGUUGUUAGGAGGAGAUUGUGCUGUUCAUAAAAGUAGGAUCAUCUUUACGCCGUAAGCUGUCUGGAUUAACUGACGAACCUGAAGCUGCCGGCGCCAAUUUUUGACUCAGUUCUUCUCAACCCUGUGCGUGAAAGGUGACCCCCGCCAUGUAGCUGGCUGGACGCACAUGAGAUCAAUCAGCUUCUGUAGUUGACUAGUUGCUAGCACUAGCCUCAUUUUGUUGCUACACUAUGAUCUCCAUGGGGUGUAAGAAUGAGCCGAAUGACAGAGCUUUUGCCGUGCUACUACCUUCUCUGUAAAUGCAGUGCAGCAGUUGACACCAUUGGAGUUACAAUGAACAAAUGAAGCAAUAGUCUCUUUUUUAGCAUUAGUUCGUUCUGUAUAAUUGGAUAUCUAUUUCAACAGCAGCAAUCUGUUGAUUUGUCUAGAGCUAAUUCGCUCUGAAUCUAGCAUUUUUUGUCCUUUUAACUCCUCCAAGUAGAGUCUGAAUGGAGUCUAUGUAAAAUGCUUCAAUGAAUUAUUGCAGCACUA